AUGAAGUUCCUUAUCAUCCUUUUCCUGGGCUUCCUCCAGGUCGCCCUUGGAGCCAGUCUCCCCCAGAAGAACACCAUGGGUGACAUCGCUAUCGUCAAUGGAAUCGAAACCACUCCCAGCGUCACCGCAGACCAGCCCAUUCCUUUCCCCUCUGCCAGCGGCCCAGCUGUGCCUGACUCCUUUGAUCCCAACGCCGAUCCUGUCCCCGAUCAGCUUGCCUACCCCGAUUACGAAGGAUACCUGCCUGACGACUAUGUCCUGCCUGCCGCUAUGGCUACCAGUCCUGCCAUCAUCGCUGCCUUGAAGAUCCCUCAGCCUGAGGGCCUCUGUAUUGGCUGGUGCAUGGGCUCCGCCACGCGCAUGUGCAUCUGUGCCAAUCCCAAGUACCAGUGCCGUUGUGGCCAUGCUCACUCCGCUUGUAUCUGCAAUGUGCGUUAA